AUGAACACGCACAGCGACAUCGACGCGCCUACCAUGUCUGCAGUUGAAUUGAAGCUGCCCCCCUUUUGGCCCGCCGACACCGAGCUCUGGUUCAUUCAAGUCGAGGCACAAUUCGCCGCCCGGCGCAUCACAGCCGACCUGACGCGCUACCAUCGCAUCCUCCUGAACGACACGGACCUUGGCGACCGCACGCCAUCUCAGCUACUGCGCCACAUGCAGCGUCUUGUGGGAAGCGUUACAGGUCUCGACAGCACGCUGCUGCGCGAGAUAUUUCUUCAGCGUCUCCCCAGCAACGUUCGCGUGUUGCUUGCUACGGUGGCUGAAAGGGAUCUCGGCAAGAUGGCCACCAUCGCUGACACCAUCAUGGCAGCGGCAAACCCCUCCGCCUCCGUCGCUAACGUGCCAGUGGAGAGUAACGAAUUCCUCGAGUUUCGCGAAGAGAUCGCGCGCCUCACCGAAACAGUGGCAGCUUUGCAGGCACGCACCUCGCACCCUUUGGAGCAGCGCAGUGCACAACCACAGCAGCCGAGACUCCGCUGGUGCUGGUACCACAGGAAACAUCGCGAUGCUGCGCGCAAAUGUGUUGUGCCCUGGGGCUAUCCAGGAAACGCCAGAGGCCAGCAUUGA